AGCCCGGGUCCCCGCGCUGCGAUGGGGCAGCUGCCCGGGAGGGCGCGCGGGGGCCGCCGCCUGCUGCCUCUGCUCUGGCUCUUUGUGCUGCUCAAGAAUACUACAACUUUCCAUGUGACUGUCCAAGAUGAUAAUAACAUCGUUGUCUCUUUGGACACUUCAGAUGUUGCCAGUCCUGCAUCUGUGUAUGUCGUUAAGAUAACUGGUGAAUCUAAAAAUUAUUUCUUCGAAUUCGAGGAAUUCAACAGCACUUUGCCUCCUCCUGUUACCUUUAAAGCCAGUUAUCAUGGCCUUUAUUAUAUAAUCACUCUUGUAGUGGUAAAUGGAAAUGUGGUCACCAAACCAUCCAGAUCCAUCACCGUGUUAACAAAACCUCUGCCUGUGACCAGUGUUUCAAUAUAUGACUACAAACCUUCUCCUGAAACAGGAGUCCUGUUUGAAAUUCAUUAUCCAGAAAAAUAUAAUGUUUUCACAAGAGUAAAUAUAAGUUACUGGGAAGGUAAAGACUUCCGGACAAUGCUUUAUAAAGAUUUCUUUAAGGGAAAAACAGUAUUUAAUCAUUGGCUGCCAGGAAUAUGUUACAGUAACAUCACCUUUCAGCUGGUGUCGGAGGCAACUUUUAAUAAAAGUACCCUCGUGGAAUAUAGUGGUGUCAGUCACGAACCCAAACAGCACAGAACUGCCCCAUAUCCACCUCGAAAUAUUUCUGUUCAUUUUGUAAACUUGAACAAAAACAACUGGGAAGAACAGAGUGGCAGUUUCCCAGAAGAAUCAUUCAUAAAAUCACAAGAUUCACCAGGAAAAGACAAACUCUUCCACUUCACAGACGACUCUCCAGAAAUUCCCUCCGGCAACACUUCUUCCGGGUGGCCUGAUUUUAACAGCAGUGACUAUGAGACCACCUCUCAGCCCUAUUGGUGGGACAGUGCAUCCGCAACUCCUGAAAACAAAGAUGAACUUGUGGGCGUCCUGCCCACGGAAUAUGGAAACCACAGCACACUCAGUGAGAUGGAGAAGUUCACAUCUGGCUCUUUUGCUUUCUUCCCUGUUCAAAUGAUACUGAGCUGGUUGCCACCCAAACCGCCAACUGCCUUUGAUGGUUUCCAUAUUCUCAUAGAAAGAGAAGAGAACUUUACUGAAUAUCUGACAGUGGAUGAAGAAGCACACGAGUUUAUUGCAGAACUGAAGGAGCCUGGGAAAUACAAGUUAUCUGUGACAACCUUUAGUUCCGCAGGAUCUUGUGAAACUCGAAAAAGCCAGUCAGCAAAAUCACUCAGCUUUUAUAUCAGUCCUAAUGGAGAGUGGAUUGAAGAAUUGACUGAGAAGCCCCAGCAUGUGAGCGUUCAUGUUUUAAGUUCCACCACUGCCUUGAUGUCCUGGACGUCCCCCCAGGAGAAUUACAAUAGUACCAUUGUGUCUGUGGUGUCCUUGACCUGCCAGAAACAGAAGGAGAGCCAGAGGCUUGAAAAGCAGUACUGCACCCAGGUGAAUUCAAGCAAACCUAUUAUUGAAAAUCUAGUUCCUGGUGCCCAGUACCAGGUUGUGGUGUACCUAAGAAAAGGACCUUUGAUUGGACCACCUUCAGAUCCUGUGACAUUCGCCAUUGUUCCCACGGGAAUAAAGGAUUUAAUGCUCUAUCCCUUGGGUCCAACAGCGGUAGUCCUGAGCUGGACCAGACCUUACUUAGGAGUAUUUAGAAAAUAUGUAGUUGAAAUGUUUUAUUUCAACCCUGUGACAAUGACUUCAGAGUGGACAACCUACUAUGAAAUAGCAGCAACCGUCUCCUUAACAGCAUCCGUGAGAAUAGCUAAUCUGUUGCCAGCCUGGUACUACAACUUUCGGGUAACCAUGGUGACGUGGGGAGAUCCGGAGUUGAGCUGCUGUGACAGCUCCACCAUAAGUUUUAUAACAGCCCCUGUGGCUCCAGAAAUCACUUCCGUGGAAUAUUUCAACAGUCUUCUGUACAUCAGCUGGACGUAUGGGGAUGACACAACUGACCUGUCCCACUCGAGAAUGUUGCACUGGAUGGUUGUCGCGGAAGGAAAGAAGAAAAUUAAAAAGAGCGUGACACGCAAUGUCAUGACUGCAUUUCUCAGCCUGCCUCCAGGGGACAUCUACAAUCUCUCAGUCACAGCGUGCACUGAAAGAGGAAGUAACACCUCCUCGCCCCACCUUGUCAAGUUAGAGCCAGCUCCUCCCAAAUCACUCUUCGCAGUGAACAAAACGCAGACCUCGGUGACUUUGCUGUGGGUGGAGGAGGGAGUAGCAGAUUUCUUCGAAGUCUUCUGUCAACAGAUUGGCUCUAGUCAAGGAUCCCAACUCCAGGAGCCAGUUGCUGUUUCUUCCCAUGUUGUCACCAUCUCCAGCCUUCUGCCUGCCACCGCCUACAACUGCAGUGUCACCAGCUUCAGCCACGACAGCCCUAGUGCCCCUGCAUUCAUAGCCGUCUCGACAAUGGUUACCCAGAUGAAUCCUAACGUAGUGGUGAUUUCCGUGCUGGCAAUCCUUAGCACCCUCUUAAUCGGACUGCUGCUUGUCACCCUUGUCAUUCUGAGGAAAAAGCAUCUGCAGAUGGCUAGAGAGUGUGGAGCAGGAACAUUUGUCAAUUUUGCAUCCUUAGAGAGGGAUGGAAAACUGCCCUACAAUUGGCGUAGGAGUAUAUUUGCUUUCUUAACCCUGUUACCUUCAUGUCUUUGGACUGAUUACCUUUUGGCAUUUUAUAUUAAUCCUUGGAGUAAAAAUGGUUUAAAGAAGAGGAAACUGACUAACCCGGUUCAACUGGAUGACUUUGAUUCCUACAUCAAGGAUAUGGCCAAAGACUCUGACUAUAAAUUUUCUCUUCAAUUUGAGGAGUUAAAGUUGAUUGGACUGGAUAUUCCACACUUUGCUGCGGAUCUUCCACUGAACAGAUGCAAAAACCGCUACACAAACAUCCUACCAUAUGACUUUAGCCGAGUGAGACUAGUGUCCAUGAAUGAAGAAGAGGGUGCAGACUACAUCAAUGCCAAUUAUAUUCCUGGAUACAACUCGCCCCGAGAGUACAUUGCCACCCAGGGGCCACUGCCUGAAACCAGAAAUGACUUCUGGAAGAUGGUCCUACAGCAGAACUCUCAGAUCAUUGUCAUGCUCACUCAGUGUAAUGAGAAAAGAAGGGUAAAAUGUGACCAUUACUGGCCUUUCACGGAAGAACCCAUAGCUUAUGGAGACAUCACCGUGGAGAUGAUCUCAGAGGAAGAACAGGAUGACUGGGCCCGUAGACACUUCCGGAUCAAUUAUGCAGAUGAGAUGCAGAAUGUGAUGCAUUUUAAUUACACGGCCUGGCCUGACCACGGAGUACCCACAGCCAAUGCUGCCGAGAGCAUCCUACACUUCGUACACAUGGUCCGCCAGCAGGCAGCCAAGAGCAAAGGCCCCAUGAUCAUUCACUGCAGCGCUGGUGUCGGGCGAACGGGGACCUUCAUAGCCCUAGACAGGCUCUUACAGCACAUUCGGGAUCACGAGUUUGUGGACAUAUUAGGGCUGGUAUCAGAAAUGAGGUCAUACCGGAUGUCUAUGGUACAGACGGAGGAGCAGUACAUUUUCAUCCACCAGUGUGUGCAGCUGAUGUGGAUGAAGAAGAAGCAGCAGUUUUGCAUCAGUGAUGUGAUCUAUGAGAACGUCAGCAAGUCCUAGUUUUGAACCCGGAGCGGAGAGGACAUGAUCUUCACUCAUCCGGCCUUGCUUCCAGAAUUUGGGGGGCCCCUACUAGUCAUUCAGCUAAAAUGAGCCCCUGCUUUGUAGUAUGUGGCCAAGGAGAUAAUUUAUCUCACAGAAGCACUGGGAAGACUUAGCCUUAAAGAGCCUACAGUGUCUUUUGGACUCUCACUUCUGGACAUUUAAUGGAGCAAAUUCAACAGGACAUCAGAAAUGUUGGCACGCUCUGUGAAGGGUGGGGAGUACGAAACUUCUGAAGAGUUUGGUUGGCCCUCUGCUGGUUGGGCUGAAUUUUUUUGUUUGUUUUGUUUUGUUUUAAGUGCAAUAAUUUUUGUACAUGUGUGAUUUUAUCAGAAAGUUGAACUGUUUUCUGCCCACACCAAUGAUCAACCCCAUAGCCCAGGAAGGAACAGGCAUUGUUAGCGUCAAAUUAUACCUCAUUAUUUAAAAGAGGCAUGGCCACACACAAGGAAAUGAUCAUUGUACUUCAAAGGAAGUGAAGCAACUAUGUAUAUUCCAACCUUGAAACUACUGGAUCAGAAAUGGAGGUGGAUGGGGAGGAGAGAAGGGCUUUACCCACAGAUCAACUGCGUACUCCAAAUAUGAAAAGCUGUACUUCAAAAGUAGAGUAGAAAAAACAUUUGUCUUAAUUAUUCUAGUUCUUAAUGGUUUUCUUCCUUAUUACCUGUUGAGUGUUUCUUCUGAGGUCCUUUUGGACUGAAUUCAGUGCCCGGGUCCUUUUCAAGAAACCAGAUCUGGUUCAGAAGAGUUUCAAGUCUGACCCUAAACUCCGUUGCUGUCUGAGCAGUCUUGGUGCCUAGAGUUUGCAUUUCUUUUUCUGUUGACCCACAUAUGUGUGAGCGCUACUUCUCUGAGAAACUAUAGGCUGUGAAAAAGCACUUUCUUUCCUCUGAAGAACUGGGAGUUGGUGAAGUUACAGCAAUGAACUUCAGCAUGCUGGGACAAUUCUUUGGCUACCUUCUUUCGUAAUUUUGUCGAGCAUCUCUCUGGAUUCCCACAGAGAUGUCUUAUGGGUUUGUUUUCUUUUUGGUUGUCAGUUUCAUUUUUAACCUGUGUAAGUAGCAACAUUUGAUUCUUUGAAUUUUGUAUAAUUACAGUACAUGAUUGUGUAUUGUGACAUGAAUACUGUCAAAAUGGCUAUUGGUGGCAUUGUGGA